AUGACGAUUUUGCAUUCGACAUUUCCAGUCGGAUUUUUCAUCUUGAAAACAAUAUGGGACAAACGUUUGGAACGAUCAGUCCCUUCAGACCUUCAAGAUACAUAUCAAAUUAGGGCACGACUCCGUCAAGCUCUCCGAGCCGGUGGAGUAAUUUUUAGAGUACAAAUACAAUUUGGUUCUCGUCUUGUCAUACUUAAAAUUAUUGAAUAUCAGCUAACACCAUCCAGGCGUGCGAGGUUGGUGCGAGGAAUUGCCCAAGGGAAAAUCAAGGGAGAGGAAGCAUAUCAAGGACCAACAUAA